UGACAUUACUCCGCCCACUUCUGACCAUUUCAGAAAGUGAUAUGUCCCUAAAGAGACUGUCCUUUGCCAUAAUUGUUAUUUAUCUUCACACAAUGACAAAUAUUUUUUCAUGCAAGUUUUAUAUGACAUUCAACUGGAAGUUAAGUGGUAAAAAUUGUUUCAUAACUGAAGCAGGGAUACAAAUAAAGGAAAUAAAAGUCCAUCAUGAUGCAUGUGUGCAUUGCUGAAACUUUAUUGCCACAUUCACACAACGCUCUGGAGUAUAUUUGUGGAGAAUGCGGGGUAGCCUACACGACCAUAUGCCAACUUCAUGAUCAUCUACUGUCGCAUGGCAUGGGAGGUUCAUACAUCUUUGAUCACAUGCUGCUCACUGCAUUUACAAGGCUAGACACUGCCUGUGUCGGGGUGCAGACAGAUGAGAGUCAAGUUGGGUAUUUUCAGAUAGCUAACUUCAAGAAGAAAUAUUUAAAAAGAGUUAACAAAGGUAGUGAUGAAGUUGAACAUACUGACAUUAAAAUGGACUAUCAAUGUGGGGAUUAUAUAAAUGAAUUGAAUGGGACCAAACGAAAAGCAGGAAUGGGCAAUAGACAAGGUGAAACAUCUAAAAAUGAUACCAGCAAUUAUCUCUCGAAACAACCCAAACACAUGGCAUCUCAUUCUGAAGCUAAACAAAUCACUACAACUGAAAAUAAUUCCUUAAAUGAAAAGGAAAUAACUUGCACACUGGUUAAAGAUAAUGACAUUAUGUUAGCAACUAAAAAUGAGAAUAUUGCCUGUGCUAGUGAUGAUGGAUUUGUCAAUGAGUCUAAUACUGAUUCUUCCACACCACAUGUAGCUGAUGAUCACAGGAAUUCAGAAAGAUAUUUAAAAAAAGAAAAUGUUGGAAAUGAUGCAUGUGAUGAUCAAUAUAAUUCAUUGGGUCAGCAUUUUACUGUAAGUAUUGUAAAGAUAGGUUCCAGUUGGGAAAAGGGAUUGGCUAAUAAUACGGGAACAGUAACUGUGUCUGGGACCUGCUUUUUGCCAAGUGAAUGGGUAAAUGAUAAAGCAGAACACAGGAUCAUAAACCAUAGUGAAAGGGAUCAAGGUCCAGGAACUGAGAUGGCUCAAAACAGCAUGUCAGAGAUUGUGACAAAAAGUUGCGGUCUGGUAAAAUGGAGUAGGAUUUCUUCAGGAAGAAAAGAUUUAACACAUGGGAAUAAUGAAGAUGACAGAAAAGAGAAGAAUAAUACUGUUAACAUGAAGGAAGAACACAAAUGUUUAGGGAAGAUUCAAAUCAAUAAACCCCGAUCGGAUUUGCUAUGUGAAACCUGUGGUAUUCAGAUAUCAACCCGGCAAAAUUUAGAAGGCCACGUAAAUAAUCACAGAAAAUAUCAGCCAUAUAUCUGUGAGAGAUGUGGCUUUAAGUUUAAAAGUAACAAAAUGUUGAAACGCCAUCAGGACUAUGUUCAUUCUGAGAAGUUAUAUGACUGUUACAAGUGUUCACAAUCUUUUCAAAACCGCAGAAUGUAUGAUAGUCAUAUCUACAAAUUUCACAAAGAAAAGAAUAAACAAAAGUUCAUUUGCAGCGAGUGUAAUAAAUCCUUUGCCUCCAAACACUGGCUCGGAAACCAUCAAGCUAUUCACGAUGGAGAGAAAAAAUUCAAAUGCUGCCAUUGUGAUAAGAAGUUCAAACUGAAAUGCUACCUUCAGAUUCACGAGAAAUCACAUCUGAGGGCAUUUAAGUGUGACCAGUGCUGGAGAACAUUCAGUCACAACUCGGCGUUGAUACGUCACAAAAAGAUACACACAAACACAAAGGACUUUGUAUGCCAUUUGUGUGAGCGAGGCUUCAUUCAGAAGACGCCAUAUUGGGUGCAUAUGGAGAAACAUCACGACCUGUCGAGAGAUCAGCUGCUCGCUCAGUUUGCUAGGAAACAAUGAUUAUUUUACCAUAGAAACAGACUUCUCAGAAACUUGUGUGUUAAAAGUUGAAGAAAAGCAAAUAUUGAGUUAAUCACCAUAGCCGUCAUAUACAAAUGCCUCAUUGUAUAUGUAAGAUUUUCGAAGCAGCAAUUCGAUGCUUUAAAAAGUAUACGAUGUGAUAAUUGUUGCAUUAAAUUUUGCUGUCAAAAUAAAGCUAUAUCUUUAAAAAAAAAAGAAAUUCCUGUGAAUUUGUAUUAUUAAUUGUUUAACAUCUAAUCAAUUUCAAAAUAAAUUGCUAAGAUGCUGCAAUGGUGUGCUUUUACGAUCACCUAUUGUCCAUAGUUUGUCUCGCGUUGUGAAUCGUGCCUUGUUAACAUUUACCUUGUUAGCACUAUGUGAAACAUUUAUUGUCUGAUCUUUAUGAAUCAUGGCUGGAAGAUUUGUCAAAUAAAAGAAAAAGCUUGUUAA